CUGGCUCCUGCCGCUAGAGCAGCAGCUUCCUCCGGAUAGAUCUUACCGGUUACUCUGGCUGGCCGUCCCCGCAUCAUGUUCAGCGCUGCCGUCCGACUGUCGGUCUCCGGUGUCCGGAGUUUAACUCGCACACACCCACGGUGCCAAGCUCUUCUGGCCUCAAGGUGUUACUCACACGGGAAGCAGGAGACUGAUGAAGAGUUUGAUGCCCGCUGGGUGACGUACUUCAACAAGGCCGACAUCGAUGCAUGGGAGCUGAGAAAAGGGAUGAACACGCUGAUUGGGUAUGACCUCGUCCCUGAACCAAAGAUUAUUGAGGCUGCACUGAGAGCCUGCCGGAGAUUAAACGACCUGGCCAGCGCAAUCCGUAUCCUGGAGGCUGUGAAGGACAAAGCUGGACCACAUAAAGACAUCUAUCCGUACGUGAUCCAGGAGCUGCGACCAACAUUAAACGAGCUCGGCAUUUCUACCCCCGAAGAGCUGGGAAUUGAUAAAGUCUAACACGAUGUGAAGAUGGAGGACGUUCCCCGAACAUAGAGACCUUGUGUUUUAAAUGUUAGCCUCAUCAAGCGCGUUUUGAACUAAAUUUGGCCUUUAUUAGGUUCUUUUGCUUGUAAAAUAUGGAUAAAUAUACUGUCAUUGUGUGUCAUAACCAUACUGGAAUUUUAUUUCUGUUCCUUGAGAGUUCAAGAACCUGCUUAGCAAUACUGAAGUGCAAGUUGCUCUAGAUCAAAGCAUUACCAAAUGAUGCACACUGACUAUCUGCUUGACAGUGCUGCCACCAGAGGGCAGCAGUGUCACAUGAAUGUAAGGAUUCAUUUUACCAUAUGGAGUCUGUGUCAGCUGUUCAUUUCAGGGAAAUAUAUAUUUGCGGGUUGAAUAAAACUCAUCAAAAAGGAAA